AACACAAGCGUGAAAGGCAGCCUCUGCCCAGGUUUCUCUGCCAGCCGUCCAUCAAGAUGUUACAGGUACCGCUGCCCCUGGAUCGAGAUGGGAUCCUCUUCCGCCUCCGUUUUACCACGCUGGCCGUUGGGACUGUGUUUUGCCCGCUCUUUGGUUUCCUUUUCUGUGUGAUCUGGUCUCUGCUGUUCCAUUUCCAGGAGACAACAGCGACCCACUGCGGGGUCCCUAACUACCUCCCCUCCAUCAGCGCUGCUAUCGGAGGCGAGACCCCCCAGCGUUAUGUCUGGCGCCUCUGCAUCGGCCUCCACUCGGCUCCCCGCUUCCUGGUGGCAGUCGCCUACUGGAACCACUACCAGAGCUGCCACUGCUCGCACCCUCGCUACCUGCGCUUGUGCCACUUCAACCUGCUGCUCAACCUGCUCGAAAACUUCGCCCUCCUCGUUCUGACGUAUGUGUCCUCAUCUGAAAACUAUGCAAUCCACGAAAAUGCCUUCAUCGUCUUUAUCACGUCGGCUCUGGGCCACAUGCUCCUGACGUGCAUCCUCUGGAGAAUGACUAAGAAACACACAGUAAGUCCCGAGGAGCGCAAGUCGUACAAGUGGAAGCAGCUGCUCUUCUUCUUCACCUUCAUCAUGUUUGCAUUUGCCGUGUGCGUCUACUUCCACCACAACUGGUACUGUGGCGCCGGAGUGUACACCAUCUUCGCCUUCCUGGAGUACCUGGUUGUCCUCUCCAACAUGGCCUUCCACAUGACUGCCUUCUGGGACUUCAGCAACAAGGAGCUGGUGGUGAGCUCGCUGCUGGAAGACAAGCACUUUUAGCCGACCUCGUGCCACAGCCUUCCAUGUGCCGGCCGCAUUGCCGAUGCCAGGCGGGGGCUGCUCUUCCCCUGGGGGACGCAGAGAUCCCCUUCCCUCUCCUGCUGCCCCCAGGGCCGGGGCCAGGGCAUUUGCCGUGGAUCUGCCGCAAGGAUCGUCCCGGGGCCCUGGCCCUGCGAGUGUCUGUGCAUGGUCCCUGGCUGCGCCUGGAGCUCUCUUACAGGGGAGCUCGGGGCUCUUGCUGGGGACCCUCGAGGCCGGUGCCCCCUGCCCUGGCUCCCUGCCGGCUACCAGGAUGGGCAGGAGGACAGAGGAGGGGGGCAGGUGCCUGCCGCCUGUUUCUUUGGAGGAUGAUCCGGACAGAGCAGGAUUCUGCUCCCGGUAUCGGGGCACGGGGGGCCAGCCUUGCCCUGCCCCUGCUUUGCCUGGGUGGUCUCGUGGUUCCUCCUCCAGGCUGGGGGUCCUUGGCCAAGGUCCUCAAAAAGGGCUGGGGGCCUUUCGGGCCUCGAAGCUUAGGGCAGCCUUGGGAGAAGGAGCGCUUGCUGCCCCCACAUCUCUCUGGUUGCACCCCCGAAGUGUAACAGCCCGCAGCCUUGACUUCUUGAGAAGCCUUUGCUGCAGGUCUGGGGCAGAGCUUGCCCCACGCUGCGGCACCUGGGGCUGGGUCCAGGCUCCUUCCGAGCCCGGGGUGAGCACAGGAGCUGCGGCCAG